GGGAGCCUAAAAGGAAGUCGAGAGGGGUCAGGGGGAAUGGUUGCUGGACCCAGCCAAGGGGCAGGAGAGGAGCCUUUUGCCACCCACGGUGGGUGCCUGCUGUGGACCCUUGGCUCAGAGCCUCGCCUGUGUGGGGUAAUGAAUGAAGCCUGAGUGUCUGCCCUCUGGUGGAGGGCACCAGGUCUGGGCAGAUGGACACACUCCUGAACAUCACCCUCCCUGAGGGAGGCUCUCUAUGGACAGAGCACAGGAGGGACAGGAGGCCCAAGGAAGGCCAGGCUUGCUCUGCGAUCUCAACACAUUCCAAUGUGCCAGGCUCCAAGCUGAUGUGUGCCACAGCCUUCAGCCAACAUGCCCCGUGCUCACCCUCUGAGGAGACACAACCAGCAGCUCCCAAAACACUCUGCCUGAGAAAGGGCCCUCAGCUGCCCACCCAGGGAUUCACUGUGCCCAUCCUAGUAGUGCCACCAGCUGCCUAUGCUAACCACAAGCACCAUGACCUGAGCAUGCCCUUCAUCUGCACCCACGAUCUGAGUGUGCCCUUUGUCUGCACCCACAUCCUGACUGUGCCCUUCAUCUGCAUGCACAUCCUGAGUAUGCCGUUUGUCUACACCCAUGUCCUGUGUGUGCCUUUCAUCUGCACCCAUGUCCUGAGUGUGCCCUUCGUCUGCACCCACGACCUGAGUGUGCUGUUCGUCUGCACGCACGUCCUGAGUGUGCCCUUCGUCUGCACGCACGUCCUGAGUGUGUCCUUCAUCUGCACCCACGACCUGAGUGUGCCAUUCAUCUGCACCCACAACGAGAAUGCAGACGCUUUCGAUGUCACUCAGAGUUUCAGCCCGGGCUCCACUCUAUUCCACGAAAACAAGCAGGAGAGCCCUGGGAAAGGCAGACAGCCUACAUGCUCCGCUCUGUCCAUGGGAGUGGUCCAGACGCAGCUUCUCAGACUUUGGAUCUGUCUGCUGGCCUUCAUUCAUCAUAGGGCCAACUGUGUUAAUUAUACAGAUGGUCCUCGACUCGACGGCUCCGCUCGUGAUCUUCUGCCUUUACGAGGAUAUGCGAACGGGAUACGCAUUCGGUAGAAACUGUGCUUCCGAGUUUGCAUUUUGAUCUCUUCCUGGGCCAGCAAUGUGCAGUGCAAUCCUCCCUCAUGAUGCGGGGCAGCAGUGGGGAGCACAGCUCCUCUCAGCCCUGAUCACGAGGGGGAACAGCCGAGACCCUGACAGCCACACUGGACCCAGACAGCCACUCUGCUUCGCUUUCAGGACAGGAUUCAGUACAUUACAUGGGACAGCCAACACUUUAUUAUAAGACAGGCAUUGUGUGAGACAAUUGUGCCCAACUGUAAGCUAAUGUGAGUGUUCUGAGCACAGUUAAAGUA